UUCAGGAACGUAUGUUUUUGGAGCAAUGCAUCGAAACAAAAAGUCAGCAUGUCGCUCUGUUUUAAGAUCAAAGUUAUGUGUAAAGAAUUUAUUGGAGGAUUGGGUUUAUUUGGUGGACAGGAUGGGGACAAUAAGGACCAAAAAAUAGAAUGUAAACUAUUAAGUGAUGUGUCUACAGUUUCGCAAUCGUCCAAGGAACAAACUUCUGCGCGCGUCACUUCCACACACGGGAAUUUCGAAUCGCAAGGAGUUAGCUUCAAUUCACAACAAGAAAUGGAAUCCUUCAAUUCUAAGAUGGUCGAGAUGAGAAAGAUUUUUGAACGAGAGAUUCGCGAAAUCACCUUGCAGCAUGAUAAACUAAAGGACGGAAGGAUUCUCUUGUAUGGAAGAGUAUGUGAAAUGGAGCGAAUAAUUAGAACAGAGAAAAGAAAACAUUCAAUUAGUUUGGUUCACGAAUCUGAAAUAGAUUCCACGUUCGCUAGCGAAGAUACAGAAUUAAUUCAUCAGUUAGAUGGCGUCAAGGAAAUGCUGGAAUGCACACAAAAAGACAUAUACUCAUUAAAGAAGUCUUUGGAAAUCGAGUACCGGGAACGGACUCUGUACCCGGAGCCUGUCUUUAUAUGCUCGCCUGCGCUUGAGGACGAUUACUCCAAACAAAUGCGCGUUGACGGAGGACUGAAGUACCAGGGCUCGGACAUGAAUAUUUUCCAUCUGAUAACUUAUCAAUGUCUGCCACCCCCCCUAAGUCUACAUGAGCUGUAUUCACGUGGUAUACCGCCAAGAUAACGUUUUUAGUGUGGGUGCUUGGCGACCAUGCUGAAAACGUAGUUAGCAGUAAAAGAAGACAAAAAUAGUGAAAUACAUUUGAGGUCUAAGAAGGUGGAAUCAAAAAAAGUAUAUAUAAUGUGUGUUGGUGUUAGGUAUUUUUCAUUGUCAACAUAUUAUUAUUAGCAUUUUCAAUAACGAUCUUAAGAAGUGCAGUCCAUUAAGAUAAUCUUGAUUAGUCAUAUCUAAUAGUAGGCGUGACAAGCCUGUUAUCUCAUUGUUUAUCCAAAUUUUAUUGAUUUUAUCCAAAAUCACUAUCAUGUUAAUUUUCGAACUCGAAAAGUGCACUGGUAGUAGAGCGCUCCCAACAGGGCACCGAGUUAGCUAGCAGGCAAGGCAAAAUGUUGAGCCGAUGUCAGUUGUUCAGGUGUUUGAAAACGGCUCAAACAAGUUGUUUGGAAUAAAACAUCGCUGGAAGAUGCCA